AUGUAUAAGAGAACAUCAACUCCAUUGAAAAAACAAUUCUAUUCAUCAUCUUCGUCACAAUCGAAAAAAAUAUCAAUUGGAAUACAAACAGAUCUUAUAGGAAAAUAUGCCGAAAAUAUAUCAGAUUAUUUAAAUAAUAUUUUAAUGCAAGGAAAAACGAUGAAUGAUAAUGAUUUUGAAAAAUUUGUUAAAGUUUAUGCAAUCGAUUCUUAUUGGAAAGUAUUGGCUGAACGUGCACGAAUUAAACUUGAUGAGCAAUUGCAAGAAAAUCGACAACUUCAUGAAUUAGUUGAUGAAUUAACUAAAGAAAAUGAAGAAUUACAAACAAAAAACGAACAAUGUGAAUAUUUAACAAAUAUUUUUAAUUCAAUUAUAUCAGAAUAUGAUAGUGGAAUUGAAUUACAUAGCAUUAAUGAGUCUCUACCAUUACGACAAGCAUAA